AUGACUGAAGCCAAACAAGAUUUAAUUGAAUUAUCAUCAAAUCCUUUAGAUGUAUGGAUAAAUACACAUUAUGAUGAAUUGUGUGCAGGUAUGACGUGUGAAAAUGCUCUAUUCUGCAAACCAUCAGACAUGAAAGACAAAAACUUUCAAAUGAGUAUUAAGGAUAAAUGUGAUAGGAAACAUAGAAGAAUAGACGGUAAACAAACAUGGUGUUAUGUUUUGAAAGAAGAAAUGAAAGGAUUAUAUAAACAGGUUGAACCAAACGAUAAUGAGGAUUCAUUUACUGACGAUGAAAUACCUGUAAAUGAGCCGCUAAGCGGCGAGACCUGA